AUGGCGCCAGCAGCAGCAGGUCAUCAUCUGCUGGUGCUGCUGCAACGGUUAAAAGUAGGGAUUACUUUUUGCCUCAAGUUUUGUUCUGAGGAACCCCAUGUCAAUACAUUUCAGGGUUUCCCUGGACCCCCAGGCAUUACUGGACAAAAAGGCAACCAAGGAUUUCCAGGACCAGAAGGAAUCCUGGGCCCCAAAGGUUCCAAGGGUGAACCUGGACCACAGGGAUCAAGAGGAGACAAAGGAGAUAGAGGGAAAAUGGGGAUGCCAGGAUACCCUGGAACCCCUGGCAUACCGGGUUAUCAAGGACCCCCAGGACCCAUUGGGUUCCCUGGAAUGGAUGGUUGCAAUGGAACUGAUGGACUGCCUGGGUUUUCUGGGACAGUUGGCAACCCGGGUUUACCAGGGUUCCCUGGUCCCCCUGGCUUCAAAGGCCUAAAAGGAGAACCUGCAUACUGUGGAGGUGGGGACAAGGGCCAGAAGGGUGAGCCUGGCAGGGAUGGGUCCCAAGGUGCCCCUGGUGGCCCAGGUCCCCCAGGGCAACAAGGGGGCAAAGGUGACAUUGGCACUUUUGGCCCUAAGGGUUACCCAGGACUGACAGGAGUGAAAGGCGAGAAAGGGGCCAUGGGGGUUGGGUAUGAAGGCAAAAAAGGAGAGAAGGGGAGUCAAGGACCCCCGGGCCCCCAGUGCCCCCUGGAAUUCGUUGAGAACAAGGGCAUAGUUGUUGGGCCACUUGGACAAGCCGGCGACAAGGGAGACAAGGGUGAAAGGGGACCUGCAGGACCCAAGGGCUUCGCAGGGGUCUCAGGGAUCCCAGGGAAACCCGGCGACUUUGGCAUGAAGGGUGAGAAGGGGUUGCCUGGACCUCCGGGCCUCAGGGGAAAAGACGGUUGGCCCGGGCCAAUUGGGCCACCAGGAUUCAAAGGAGACCGAGGCAAUGACGGGAUUGAUGGCCUGCCUGGGCCACAGGGUGUGAAGGGCGACGGUGGACUCGGAGGGAUCCCGGGGGCACCGGGUUUACCAGGGCCACGUGGGCCACCUGGGGGAGGCCCUGGAGGACCGGGUCCACCAGGACCCCAGGGACCACGUGGAUACCCAGGGGUGCCCGGACCAAAGGGGUUGGAUGGCCGGCCAGGGACAGUUGGGGACCGUGGCCUUCCUGGCCCACCGGGUGGCCCAGGAUUGAUGGGCGUGCCUGGCAGGGACGGGGAGCCCGGCGAAAAAGGACUCAAGGGCGAACUUGGGCCUCAAGGUUACAUUGGGUCUCCUGGCCCGAGGGGAUUUCCUGGAGACACCGGGCCACCUGGCCCAAUGGGGCCCAAGGGAGACGAUGGAAACUCAAUUCCAGGAUCCCCGGGUGCAGACGGGUACCCCGGCAGAGACGGCAAAGAUGGAACCCCGGGCGAGAAGGGCGAGAAGGGAGUGCGUGGCCCACCUGGAAACUCGACGGACGGGAUACCUGGCCCACCGGGUCCUCCUGGCCCAUCCGGGGAACGCGGGUUCCCGGGCGUGGCUGGCAGACCCGGACUUCCGGGAUUGGCCGGCAUCAAGGGAGACCAAGGCUACUGCAGGUCCUGCAGACCGGGUUUGCCCGGCCAGAAGGGCGAACGAGGAUUGGACGGGCUGUCUGGCCCACAGGGGCCACGAGGCGAAAAGGGAGAAGCCGGGGCCAACGGGAUCCCCGGGGAUUACGGCCCCAAUGGGCCCCCGGGCAGGCCAGGCAAAGAGGGUGCAGCGGGGUUGUCGGGUGUGAAGGGAGACAAGGGUGUCAAGGGUGAACCCACUUUGGCCCCACCUGGACUGCGUGGCCCUCCAGGUGACAAAGGAGACAAAGGCACAGAUGGGCCUCCGGGCCCCACUGGGCCACCUGGCCAACCCGGCCUCACGGGUCUCCCCGGCAGACCCGGGCUGCUGGGUCUCAAAGGAGACAAAGGCCACAGAGGGAUCCCUGGAGAAACGGGUUUGACAGGUGGGCCAGGGUUGGCGGGCAGGCCUGGAGACCCAGGCAUCAACAUCCCUGGUGACAAGGGCGACAGAGGCAGAGACGGGCCAGUGGGUGACGACGGGUACUCUGGCCCCAAGGGACAAAAGGGAGAACCCGCCAAGUUGGACCUACUUCCUCAACAGCUGACGGACAUCAAGGGAAAGAAGGGCGAGAAAGGAGCAGAAGGCCCGAUUGGGCCAGAAGGUCCGAAGGGCUACAAGGGGGAUGCUGGCCUACGUGGCCUUCCUGGAUCUCCAGGUGGCAGAGGAGAGCCAGGACUUCCUGGCCCACCAGGCAGACGAGGACUAGCAGGUGACAGAGGAGAAAAGGGCAUGACGGGUCCAAUGGGUUUCCCUGGUGACCCCGGGGAAGCAGGAAGGCCAGGAACCCCGGGAUUAUCAGGACUGAAAGGGAGAUGCGGGGAUCCCGGGAGUUGGCCUUCCUGGCCCGAUGGGCCCCAAGGGCAACGCAGGAGAGAAAGGGAUCCCGGGCUUUCCCGGGAAACCUGGACAAGCCGGGUCUUCGUCCAAGGAAUGAAGGGAGAUGCGGGGAUCCCGGGAGUUGGCCUUCCUGGCCCGAUGGGCCCCAAGGGCAACGCAGGAGAGAAAGGGAUCCCGGGCUUUCCCGGGAAACCUGGACAAGCCGGGAUCCCUGGACUCACGGGGUUGCCUGGUGAGAAGGGCACCAAGGGAGAUGCUGGACUGGAUGGCCUGAGUGGCCCGAAGGGAGACCGAGGCAACCCUGGCCCACUGGGCCCACUUGGUAUUCAGGGCCCAGCUGGACUCAGGGGUCUGGAGGGGCCAAAGGGGGCUGUGGGCCCACCAGGGGACACGGGACCCCCGGGACUGGAGGGGCUGCCCGGGGACAAGGGAGAACCCGGACUGUCUGGACUCACUGGGCCCAAGGGUUAUCCUGGGAUCCCUGGAAAACCUGGGAUCCCUGGUCAGCCCGGAAUGGAUGGCUUGCCAGGAGACAAAGGAGACAUGGGUUUCAGAGGCAUGGAUGGCUUCCCAGGGCCAGCUGGCCUAAAGGGAGACCCCGGUCUGGAUGGGGCACCCGGACAAAAGGGCUCUCCUGGCAUUCCAGGAAGGCCAGGUACAAAUGGAGCCCCAGGUUUGCCAGGUCUCAAGGGUGGCACAGGACCCAUGGGGCUCAAGGUACAGCAGUAG